GAAUAAAAUCCAUUAAUAUAAUUAUUUAAAUAAUAUUCACAAAAAUGAAGAAACUUAUCCUUUUUAAUAAUUAAUUAUUCAUAAUACAUUUAUGUGAUGAAAAUGUAUUAUGAAGAAGCUGACGUUUACCUUGGAAAGACGUUGAAAUAACACAAGAGUUUGCAGUGAAAUUUCCAACAGAAGAAGCCCAAGUUUUUCAAAGCUCAUCACAUCACAUUUACCAAAUACAUCUUCAGAGCAAGACUUUCACAAUGCAUUCCUCAACACUUCUUAUAGUCGUCUCCAGUUCUCAACUUUCCCAGACAAAAUUCUCUUCAAUUUUCUUCCAAACCAAACAUGAACAAACCCCAACCUCACCAACUAAUCACCCUUGCUUUCUUUCUUUCAUUCUCUCUCACCAACUUCGUCGUUUCAGCUCGAUUCUUCCCCAACGUCUCAUCCUGGCUCCCCGACCACGCGCCUCUCGGAGGCGCGUGGGAUGCCUUUCGUAACCUCACCGGUUGCCAUCGCGGCGAUAACUAUGACGGCCUCGCCAACCUAAAAUCCUACUUCGAGCGCUUCGGCUACAUCCCUCACGCGCCGCCAUCGAACUUCUCCGAUGAGUUCGACGACGCUCUCGAAUCGGCGAUCAAAACCUACCAGAAGAAUUUCAACCUCAACGUCACCGGUGUCCUCGAUGACUCCACGCUUCGGCAGAUCGUCCUGCCGCGGUGUGGUGUCGCCGACAUAAUCAACGGUACCACGACGAUGAACGCCGGAAAGCAGAACGAAACGGCGUCGUCCAGCAAGCUGCGGUUCCACACGGUGGCGCACUACACUCUGUUCCCCGGCAUGCCGCGGUGGCCUGAGGGAACGGAGGAGCUUACGUACGCGUUCAACCCCGGCAACGGUCUGACCGACACCGUGAAAGGCGUUUUCGCUGUCGCUUUCGCUCGGUGGUCGGAGGUGACGUCGUUGACGUUCCGCGAAACGGAGUCGUACUUCAGCGCCGACAUCAGGAUCGGUUUCUUCAGCGGUGACCACGGCGACGGGGAACCGUUCGACGGGAGUUUGGGGACGCUGGCACACGCGUUCUCGCCGACGAACGGGAGGUUCCACCUGGAUGCCGACGAGGACUGGGUGGUUUCCGGCGAUGUGACGCAGUCGGCGCUGUCGACGGCGGUGGAUUUGGAAUCGGUGGCGGUGCACGAGAUUGGGCACUUGCUAGGGUUAGGUCACUCGUCUGAGGAAGAAGCGGUUAUGUUUCCGACGAUUUCCUCGCGGAGGAAGAAGGUGGUGCUGGCGCAGGAUGAUAUCAAAGGGAUUCAAUUCCUCUACGGUACCAAUCCCAAUUACAAUGGAUCCAGUGCCACGUCAGCACCGGAGAGGGACUCCAGCGACGGUUCCAAUUCCUCUUCCUCUUCCUGUUCCUGGAGGGUUUUCACUUUGUUGACCUUUUCAUUUUUAUAUUUUACAUUAUUAUAGGAUUUAUUUUUUAUUAUUUAUCCCAGAGGUAUUGUUGGCCUUAUUUGGACUUGGCUCACACUGCCACUAUUCCUCCCUCUAAUUUCUUUCCUUUCCUUUGUUCUCAUUGCAGCUUCCUUUCCCAUGCUCACAUGACAUGGUGAACUCUGUAUACACAUUCAUACACUAUAGGAUUCCUCGUGUAUAUGAUAUAAUAAUAUUCAUUAUUUAAUCUACC